CGGACUUGGCGGAUUGUAAAGCCGACCAAGAUCGAUCGGCCUCACUACCUCCACCAGACAUUCCCAUGAUAGUUCAACCGUCUCAUCCCAUACCCAAGUCUUCAGGCUAACAUCGAUCUUCCAAAAAGCGUCACUCCACUGACCUUUCGUCUCGUUACGCCGGCUCGUGCGAACAUACGGAAAAUGGCGCUACCCAUGCCCGACCCGACCGUUCCCCCACUCCCACUGACCGAAUACAAAGUCCUCUCCUUCGACGUCUACGGCAGUCUAAUCGAGUACAAAGGACACAUCCUAAACUCAUUUCAGCCUUUGCUAUCCCGUCUCCCAUCAUCCUCACCAUAUCUAGACACCACACCGUUAUCAACCACGAUCCCAGACUCAGCCAGCGUCGGCUCAGUCGAGUUUCUCAAGGUCUUUCAGAAGCAGGAAGACGCCAUCAAGCUCGAAAAGCCGACCAAGCGGUUCGACCAGAUCCUGACCGAGAUCUGGCGACGUAUAGCCAGAGAGCUUAACGUCCAGUCCACCGAGGAAGAAGCACAGCGGUUCGGCAGCGAUGCCAAUAUCGCCAGCUGGCCUACUUUCUCCGGCACUCUGGAAGCUUUGACGUCGUUGAGCAAGCACUACAAACUCGUCGCCCUAUCCAACAUCGACAAGUACGCAUGGUCGAUCACAUCGUCCUCGCCGACCAGCAAGCUAGGCGAUGUCGAGUGGUGCAAGGUCUUUACUGCAGAGGACUUUGGCGAGGAUGCCAAGCGUGCCGAUGAGAUCAAGUUGGAGACGUUGAUCGAGUACUGCACUGCCAAUGGAGUGGAGAAGAAAGAGAUCCUGCACGUUGCUCAGAGUCUGGGUCACGACCAGGCCCCAGCGAAUAGGCUGGGUUUGAGCAGCGUUUGGCUGAUCGGAGAUGGACCACGAUGGGGGAAAGAGGCUGAAAGCAAGAUGGUCUUGGAAAAGAAGCUAGUGGGGUAUGCAUGGCGCUUCAACAACUUGAAAGAGUUUGCAGAGGAAGUUGAAGGGGCUGUCAACGAAUAGAAAUGACUAACGAUCCUUGUCAUGUUGUGCGGCAACACUGUUCUGAGAACGCCAUGCUUC